AUGGGUCUCCGCACCGUAGAACUCCACCAAAAACAAUGGGACACCAUCCUCUGUCCUCCCACUGCAUGCACUCACACCCUCCUCCCUUCAACCGCCACAGUGCGCAUCACCGCGAAGCUAUCCGUUGAGAACGAUAACCACCUAGUCCGAGAGGCCGCGAACUAUCAGAAGUUCGAUGAAUCGCUUUUCCAGCAUUGGAGCGGUCUUCAUCUUGCGCCUCCGCUGAGGGAUCCAACACCGGUCGGUGCGGUGGUCCCGCAGUUUUACGGGUUCUAUCAACCGGCUGUGGGCGAGGACGAGACUGGAGACGGUGAUGCUGAAAAGAGAGAGAAGAAGCGGUAUCGGAGCAACAUCCUGUUGUUGGAGGACUGUGGGCAGCCGAUCAAUGUCGACGAGCUGGAUAUAGAUGACCGUCAAGAAUGUGCUGCACUCCUUUUCCGCUUGCACUUCAAUCACUGGACGCACAACUCCUUCUACCCUCGAAACAUCCUCGUUCGACAGGGCGAUAUUUCAGAGACUGCCUCCUCUGGGCCUGCCAUACGUCACCGUUACACAUGCAAACGCCGUUUCAGGCUGAUUGACUUUGGACGAGCCAUUCAGUACGAUAAAGAAGGAAAUGCAGUAUUUCAGGAUGCGGAUCAGGAGAUCCGAGAAGUCCGGGGGAGGCUUAGACUCGAGAGGAUUCCAAAUGGGACGUGGGUCAAUGUACCCCAUACGAACACAGGAAACGAGAUAGAGAAGCUCGCAACGGGUAGGCGUCGCGAGGAAAGGCAAGCUAGGCUAGGGCUGAAGAUAUGGGAGUUCAUUCCGGGGCCGAGAGUUGUCAGUGAGGAGGAAGCCGAUUUUUUUAUUUGAUUUCGUGAGAGUGAAUCGAUUUCAAGGAUUAUGCUAAUAAGCUAUGUCCAGC